UCCAAACCAAAAAUAAUCUUAAAAAAAACUCAUUUCAAUGAAAUAAAAAUGGUGGUUAUAAGUUUAUGUGAAAAUCCUAUGAAAUCAUUUUAAAAACUACUUCAUCCCGAUGGUUAUUCCGUAGUAGUAAAAGAUGUCCACUCCAGUGUCCAACAGAAAAUAUGGAGCCCAAAAAAUACGUUUAACUAUUUUGUGCGCAAGGAAUUUGGUCAGGAGGGAUCUAUUCCGUUUACCAGACCCUUUUGCUAAAAUCUCCGUAGAUGGAAGUGGACAGGUGUAUUCAACAAACACUGUCAAAGCUACCCUCGAUCCCAAAUGGACUACACACUACGACCUGUACCUAACCAAGGGAGAUGGCAUAACAAUUAGUGUGUGGAAUCAAAGAAAAGUUCAUAAAAGACAGGGUUCCGGAUUCUUGGGAUGUGUUCGCAUACAGCCAUCCACUGUAAAUAAAUUGAAAGAUACGGGUUACCAAUGUCUGGAGCUAUGUGAAGAAGGGUCAGGCGAGACAUGCGGGGUGCGAGGACAAGUGAUAGUGUCACUCGUGUCUCGAGAUGCAGCAAGAGGCGAGCCGGCGACAGCUGCGGGUGAAGGGUCGCCGCUGGCAGUCGUGGGCCCUGCUGGUGACGUCAGAGCCCCGAGAGACCCGCCAGCCCAGCACCACGCGGCCAGGAACCCACUUCCGCAACACUGGGAGGAACGAGUUACAUCUAAUGGACGGCCCUACUACGUGAACCACCUGUCGCGGCGCACUCAGUGGGAGAGGCCGGCGGGUGAGGGCGCGGGCGGGGUGGGGGGCGCGUCCCCCCCUCCCGGCGCCGCGCCCGCUUCUCCGCCCGCGUCCUCAUGCCCCGCCUCACCCGCCUCACCCGCCACACCGGUCUCACCCAGCUCCCCAGGCUCGCCGGCUUCCGAUACCGAUGUUAAUCAUGCUACUUCCAUAUCUCUUCGACCUGAACCACAGCCUCAGACCGCCGUGCGAUCGCGCAAUCCCACUGCGUCGCCAACAAGCUCGUCAGCCUGCAACCCUGCCACACCAACAACACCCACCACACCUAUAGCUGCCACUGACCUGCCGCCUGGAUAUGAGAUGCGCACGACGGCGCAAGGCCAGGUGUACUUCUACAACUCUGGCACGGGCGCGUCCACGUGGCACGACCCGCGCGUGCCGCAGCACCUGCGCCACUGCGCGGCGGCGGCGGGCCCGCUGCCGCCCGGCUGGGAGAUGCGCCACGCGCCCUCCGGCCGCCCCUACUUCGUCGACCACAACAACCGCACCACGCAGUUCACCGACCCCCGCCUCGCGCUCUCCGCCAGGCUCCCACAAGGCGACCCGAGCUCCCCGCCGCCGGCCGCCGCGCCCGCCGCGCCGCCCGGGCCCGAGCCGCUGGACUCUGAUGCGCUACCUAAAUACAAACGAGACUUGGCAGCCAAGGCCAGAGUACUGCGAGCUGAACUGCAAGCACUGCAGCCACAAACUGGACACUGCAGGAUAGAGGUAUCACGUAACGAAAUUUUAGAGGAAUCUUAUCGACUGGUUAUGAAGUUACGCGGAAAGGAACUGCGCAAACGUCUGUUAGUGAAAUUCCGCGGUGAAGAGGGUUUAGACUAUGGUGGAGUGGCGCGAGAGUGGCUCCACUUGUUAGGAAGAGAACUAUUCAAUCCACACUAUGGUCUAUUCCAAUACGCAAACGCUGGUGAUGAUCGAUAUGCGUUGCAGAUUAACGCUGAUUCUGGGGUCAACCCAGAACACCUUUCGUAUUUUCACUUUGCUGGUCGUAUCCUCGGAGUUGCACUAUUCCACGGACACCAGCUUGAUGCAGCUUUUACUGCUCCCUUCUACAAGCAACUUCUCGGAAGGCCGAUAACGCUCCGUGACAUUCGUGAUGUGGACCCGGAACUGCAUCGAUCACUAUCCUGGAUGCUAGAGAACAGCAUCGCGGGCGUAAUAGACACGACAUUCUCAGUGGAGUGCUCGUCGUUCGGCGCCGUGCGCAGCGUGGAGCUGCGCGCGGGCGGCGCCGCCGAGACCGUGACCGACGCCAACAAGCGCGAGUACGUGCGUCUGUACGUGGCGCACCGCUUCACGCGCGGCGCCGAGCGCCAGUGGCUGGCGCUGCAGCGCGGCCUGGCCGACAUCAUCCCGCCGCAGCUGCUGCGGCCGCUGUCGCCGCGCGACCUGCAGCCGCUGCUGGCGGGCCGCGCCGACCUGGACCCGGCGGACUGGCGCCGCCACACGCGCCUGAAGCACGUGGCGCCCGACGCGCCGCUCGUGGCCUGGUUCUGGGAGAUCGUGGAGGCCUUCGACGCGGAGAUGCGCGCGCGCCUGCUGCAGUUCGUGACGGGGUCGCGGCGCGUGCCGCUGGCGGGCUUCCGCGCGCUGCAGGGCUCCACGGGCGCCGCCGCGCCGCGCCUCUUCACGCUGCACCUCGUGGCCGACGCCUCUCCUGACUCGCUUCCUAAAGCGCACACUUGUUUCAAUCGUCUCGAUCUACCUCCUUACCCAAAUAAGGAGAAACUCCACGAUAAACUCAAACAAGCGGUUCUCGAAACAGCCGGCUUUGCUGUCGAAUGACUCGAUAAAGUUGGGUCUUGCUAAAUAUAAAAUCUAAAAUUACUGGUAAGGAAAAAACAAUUUUAAAUGUGUUCAUAACAAAAAUGUCGCAAUUCAGAAAAAAAUAAUUUGAGCGAUCGUGUUUAUACAAAUGUAAAUAUUGCUAAAGAUUGUGUGUAGUAGGGUAAGUCUGGGUUGAUUGGAAAGAAAGACAGCUUUAAUGAGACUGAGCAAUUUCUGAUAACAGAUACAAAUUCAUGACAAAUUUGAUUUGCCUAGAGUAUAGCAUUCAAUGAUGACAAUUGAAUGUGUAUACUAACGAAAUUAUUAAGGUGAUAUCAAAUAUUUUAUAUCCAGGCUACAGACGGAUCAAUAUUGAAAAAUGCCUCCAACAUGUUUUUUUUGUACAUUUAUUAAUCUAUUCUACUAUAUAAUUCUACGAAACGAAUAUUAACGAAAGUAUGGACCUUGUAAGGUUUGCACAGAAAAGUAAUAUGCACACAUAAUUGCUUAGUGGCUUGCUAUAGUAACGCUCAAAAACUUCUUGUUUAUACUUUUUCUAAUUUAGUUACGUAAUUUCCAGCGAAGCAAUAUUGGGCUUCCUUUAAUUCAAGUUAAAUAAAUCAAUAGCAAAGUUACAACAUUAUUUUUUGUAUCUAAGUCGAAAUAUAAAUAUAAUGGCAUAAUAACAUAAGGUCUAUUUUGCAUGUACAAAAUAGAUAAUAAUGAAUUAGGUAUUUGAAAUAUUUUUGUAGAAUAUAUUUGUAUAUAAUUUAAAAUAAUUCAGUACAAAUGGAAAGUAUGCUGAGAUUUUACAUAUGUAUUUAAGCAUUGUGAUUUCUCUCAUUAUUCGAAAUUAUGUUUAAGGCAAACGCUCACGCUUUGGUGCCUUAUUAUGUUAUAUAAACAUAAGAAUUGUAUUUUCGAUAUAACAAAUAUAGGGGUGAUUUUAUUAUUUAUGACUUAAUAUUCCGUUUACUCGAUUUAAAACAAUGUUACUUCCGAUUUAUGAUAAUAAU